UUAAGCUCUCUCUCUCUCUUUCUCUUUCUCGGAGACCUGCACUCACACUCACUACCAUUACCCCCAAAAAAGACUCUGAACCUUAUUCACUUGUGGAAGAGACUUUAUAUAAACACACACAAGAGAUAUGGUAUCAAGAUCUUAUUCCAACCUCUUGGAUCUUGCUUCAGGCAACUUCCACUCCUUCUCCCGGGAAAAGAAGAGGUUUCCAAGGGUAGCAACCGUCACUGGUGUCUUAUCUGAGCUUGAUGAUGACAACAACAGCAACAGUGUCUGCUCUGAUGCUCCUUCUUCAGUCACUCAAGACCGAAUCAUCAUCGUUGGAAACCAACUUCCUAUCAAAUCCCAUCGCAACUCUGAAGGAAAACUCACUUUUAGUUGGGACAAUGACUCGCUUCUCUUACAGCUCAAAGACGGUAUGCGUGAAGACAUGGAAGUUGUCUACAUUGGUUGCCUUAAAGAGCAAGUAGAAGCAGCCGAGCAAGACGAUGUUGCUCAAAGACUGCUUGAAAAUUUCAAAUGCGUCCCUGCUUAUAUCCCACCUGAGAUAUUCACCAAGUACUACCAUGGGUUCUGUAAGCAGUAUCUAUGGCCUUUGUUUCACUACAUGCUCCCCUUAAACCCUGAUCUUGGAGGUAGGUUUGAUCGUUCCUUAUGGCAAGCUUACCUUUCUGUUAACAAGAUCUUUGCUGAUAAAGUGAUGGAAGUGAUUAGUCCUGAUGAUGACUUUGUUUGGGUUCAUGACUAUCACUUGAUGGUUUUGCCUACUUUCUUGAGGAAGAGGUUUAAUAGAGUGAAGCUAGGGUUCUUUCUUCACAGCCCCUUCCCUUCUUCAGAGAUUUACCGGACUCUUCCAGUGAGAAACGAGCUCUUGCGUGCACUCCUCAACGCUGAUCUGAUAGGGUUUCAUACUUUUGACUAUGCAAGACACUUCCUCUCUUGCUGCAGCAGGAUGCUUGGCUUAUCCUAUCAGUCCAAAAGAGGAACCAUAGGGCUUGAGUAUUAUGGCAGAACCGUUAGUAUCAAGAUUCUUCCUGUUGGGAUCCAUACAAGCCAGCUUCAGUCAAUUCUAAACCUCCCUGAGACUCAGACCAGAGUUGCUGAGCUAAGAGAUCAGUUCUUGGAUCAAAAGGUUCUUCUAGGUGUGGAUGACAUGGACAUCUUCAAAGGAAUCAGCCUCAAACUCUUGGCGAUGGAGCAGCUUCUCCAACAGCAUCCAGAGAAGAGAGGACGAGUUGUGCUUGUCCAGAUAGCAAACCCUGCAAGAGGCCGUGGUAAAGACGUUCAGGAGGUUCAGUCUGAGACUCAAGCCACGGUUAAAAGGAUCAACGAGAUGUUUGGAAGACCAGGUUACCAACCUGUGGUUCUUAUCGAUAAACCGCUUCAGUUCUAUGAGAGGAUUGCUUACUAUGUGAUUGCAGAGUGUUGUCUUGUAACAGCGGUGAGAGAUGGUAUGAAUCUUAUACCUUAUGAGUACAUUAUCUGCAGACAAGGUAACCCCAAACUCAACGAGACUAUAGGUCUUGACCCUUGUGCUGCUAAGAAGAGCAUGCUCGUUGUCUCUGAGUUCAUUGGAUGUUCUCCUUCUUUAAGCGGCGCCAUUAGAGUGAAUCCAUGGAACAUAGAUGCGGUGACUGAAGCAAUGGACUAUGCAUUGAUAGUUUCAGAAGCAGAGAAGCAGAUGCGUCACGAGAAGCAUCACAAGUAUGUGAGCACCCAUGAUGUUGCCUAUUGGGCACGCAGCUUUAUACAGGAUCUUGAGAGGGCUUGCGCGGAGCAUGUGAGGAAGAGGUGUUGGGGGAUAGGAUUUGGGUUAGGGUUUCGAGUUGUGGCGCUUGACCCGAGUUUUAAGAAGCUUUCUAUUGAGCACAUUGUCUCUGCUUAUAAGAGGACUAAGAACAGAGCCAUUCUUGUGGAUUAUGAUGGCACAAUGGUGCAGCCAGGGUCCAUUAGGACAACACCUAGCCAACAAACGAUCGAUACCUUAAACAAGCUGUCAAGUGACCCCAUGAAUAUUGUCUAUCUUAUCAGCGGGAAAGAUAGAAAGACUCUAACUGAAUGGUUUUCUUCAUGUGAUGGUCUUGGUUUGGCUGCAGAGCAUGGAUACUUUAUAAGACCAAAUGAUGGAACAGAGUGGGAAACAUCGAGUUUAGUGUCAGCUUUUGAGUGGAAACAAAUUGCAGAGCCGGUGAUGAGACUCUACACUGAGACUACAGAUGGAUCAACAAUAGAGACUAAAGAGACUGCUCUCGUUUGGAAUUACCAAUUUGCAGAUCCUGAUUUUGGAUCUUGUCAAGCUAAAGAGCUUAUGGAACACUUAGAAAGUGUGCUCACGAAUGAUCCAGUCUCUGUCAAAACCGGACAACAACUAGUUGAAGUUAAACCACAGGGUGUGAACAAAGGUCUUGUGGCAGAGAGGCUUCUAACGACGAUGCAAGAACAGGGGAAACUGUUGGAUUUCAUUCUCUGUGUGGGAGAUGAUCGGUCUGAUGAGGAUAUGUUUGAGGUGAUAAUGGGUGCAAAAGAUGGUCCAGCUUUAUCUCCAGUGGCUGAGAUAUUCGCUUGCACCGUAGGACAAAAGCCAAGCAAAGCUAAAUACUAUUUAGACGACACUGCAGAGAUCAUCAGAAUGCUUGAAGGUCUAGCCACCUCAGCCGCAUCUGAUCAAACUGCUUCAACCGCCGAUGUUCCAACAAAAGAUAUCUUCUAAGGAUUUGUGAGAAACGUGAGUUUACUAAGAGUUUGUUUUUAUGACUUGUGAGUGGUGUCUUCAAGUUUAGGAAAUGGCUUUUUUUUUUUUACUGUGUUGGAUUUACCCUUAGUGGCAUAACACAUGAUAAGAUUAAGAUAAGUAACUUGUAUUAGUUUUCACAACCGCGACUAAGCCUCGCCUAGGGGGCACAUCGGUUAUAAUUCAUAAAAUCCGAUUUUAUAUGAUUCAAGUAAG